AUGGUUGAUGAUGUUAACGCAGAGAACGGUCACCUACGCAAAUGUAUAGCUGCUCUUUCUACGAAUAUCUAUCAGAAUAUUGCAGGUACCAGUCACUGGAAAGCAGAGGCUGAAGCCCUACCUGCCAAGUUUCACUAUAUGCUCAGCACAAAAGGCAACACAGCAGAGUUGUUCCGGAAGUGUAUAUCAUGUGCAACACCUACAAAGUGA